CUGGGUGGAAACCUGGACGUGUAGCAGCGUCGCCUUCUUCUCACCCAUCAUCUGCCUUCUGUCCUCACCAGACCCAGAGCACUAUGGCGUUCCACAAGGAGUUCCAGACUGCAGGGAAGAAGCCCGGCCUGCAGGUGUGGCGGAUUGAGAAAAUGGACUUGGCACUCGUCCCUCCUGAGCUCCAUGGAGACUUCUACACUGGAGACUCCUACAUAGUGCUCAAAACCACCCCUGCUCCAUCUUACAACAUACACUCCUGGCUUGGUGAAAAAGCUACCCAGGAUGAGAGAGGGUGUGCCGCCAUCUUUAUGACCCAACUGGACACCUUCUUGAAUGGAGCCCCAAUUCAGUUCACUGAGUUUCAAAACCAAGAGUCUCUCACUUUUCUGGGCUAUUUCAGGACUGGCAUCAAAUACAAGAUGGGUGGUGUGGCCUCAGGCUUCCGGCACGUGGUGACCAACGAAGCAGAUGUCGAACGCCUGCUGCGUGUUAAAGGCCGUCGGAGAAUCCGAGCCAUCGAGAUGGAAAUGUCCUGGGAGAGCUUCAACAAAGGAGACUGCUUCAUCAUCGACCUGGGAGCGUUCAUCUACCACUGGUCUGGCAGUGAGUCCAAUAUGUUUGAGCGCCUGAAGACCACUGAGCUGGCCGUUGCGAUCCGCGACAACGAGCGUCAAGGUCGUGCUGAAGUGGAAAUGAUUGAAGAAGGCUCCGAGCCAGAGGAUGUCAUCAAAGUGCUUGGACCCAAGCCCGACCUCCCUCCAGGAGGCUCUGACAGUGAUCAACACACCGAUAAGCAGAACAAGAACCUGGCAUCUCUCUAUCUGAUUUCCGAUGCCGCCGGCUCCAUGACGAGCACGAUGGUGGCGGAUAAAAACCCAUUCAAGCAAGACAUGCUCUCCAACAGUGAAUGCUACAUCUUGGACAAUGGAGGAAGCAACAAGAUAUUUGUCUGGAAAGGCAGCGAUGCAAAUAAAGAUGAGCGCAGUGCAGCACUGGCUGCCGCAAACCAGUUCAUCAAAGACAAUAAUUACUCUCCGAAUACCCAGAUCCAGAUACUGCCCGCGGGGGGCGAGACCACCCUUUUCAAGCAGUUCUUCUUCAACUGGUUGGACAAGGACGAGAGCACCGGGCCGAGCAAGGCCUACGUCAUGGGUCGCAUUGCCAACGUGACGCAGAUUCCCUUCGACGCCUCCAAACUCCACAGCGACGACAACAUGGCUGCCCAGCACGGCAUGGUGGACGAUGGCUCCGGGGAAGUCAAGAUCUGGCGCGUGGAAGGAGGGGAUAAAGUACCUGUGGACCCAUCCACCUACGGACAGUUCUAUGGAGGCGACUGCUACUUGGUGCUGUACUCCUACAACGCGGGAGGCAGAGAGAAGCAUAUCAUCUACACCUGGCAAGGGAAUAAGUGUACGAAGGAUGAACUGGCUGCUUCAGCCUUCCUCACCGUCCAAUUGGACGACUCCAUGGGUGGAGCAGCGACUCAGAUUCGUGUCACUCAGGGCCAAGAACCCCCCCAUCUUGUGAGCGUGUUUAAAGCCAACCCUUUGCUGGUCCACCUGGGCGGGACGUCCCGCGUAUCUGGCGAGAGCAAGCCCGGCAGCAAGCGUCUCUUCCACAUCCGUCGGAGCUCUACCAAAGCCACGCGGGCUGUUGAGGUGGCGCCCACUGCCACCUCUCUCAACACCAAUGAUGUGUUUGUGCUGAAGACGCCAAGUUCCCUGUUUGUGUGGAAGGGAAAGGGAGCAAUGGAGGAGGAGCAGGCUGCAGCCGAGUAUGUCGCCGGCGUGCUUGGAGGAACUGCCACUGAUGUGGAGGAGACCGAGGAGCCAGCUGAUUUCUGGAAAGCACUCGGUGGGAAGAAGGACUACCAGACCUCCUUGGCCCUGCAGAAGACAGUCAAGCCUCCAAGACUGUUUGGGUGUUCAAACAAGACCGGCAGGCUGAUAGCAGAAGAGGUGCCCGGCGAGUUCACACAGAUGGAUCUGGCACCCGAUGAUGUCAUGAUUCUGGACACCUGGAAUCAGAUCUAUGUUUGGGUUGGAAACGAUGCCAAUGAGACAGAGAAAACUGGAUCAUCCCAGAUUGCGGAACAAUAUGUGGAGUCGGACCCCUCUGGGCGUACUGGAGUCCCCAUCGGCACCAUUAAACAGGGGAAUGAGCCACUCUUCUUCACCGGCUGGUUCCUUGCCUGGGACCCCGACAUGUGGGACCAAGAUCUUUUGAAGUCCAUCAAAGAGCGCAUCUCAAAGCACUAGUGGAAAAAUCUGCCAAGAGUCAAUGCUUCUCGUUGGACUUCAAACGAUAACCGACCUGUCGAUAUUGUGCACAUGGCAUGUUCUCCCUGGGUGGAGAUUAAAUAUUUAAACUCACAGUAUCUUCAAUAAAUUAGAGGGAACGGGUCUGGAAUUUCUUUGCUGCUUUGAUGUGGUUCUGUCUUUUGCAUUAAAAUAAACUGUUUACGAUCCCGGGGAAGAUGAUGCACUAAUUCUCCCCGUCAUGUAUUUCAUUUUGAAACGUCAAAAAUGUGUAUUUUCACAAAACAUGUCCCUUUUCACAGCCUAGCUUACAAAGACUAACAGAUUGAGGAAUUUGAAUAAAAAAACUAUGACAGUU